AUGAUGUGUAUUGGGUUCGAUUGGGUGUGUUGGUGUCGGCUGGGUUUGAUAAGUGGUGGUGAUGUGGGGACUGGGUCUGUGAGGUUUGGUGGCAGUGGCAGGGUCAGUGGCGAUGACGGUGACGAUGGUCUGACAGUCAUGGUUGUGGUGGGUUUGAUUUUCAUUUCUGUUUUGCUGGGUAAAGUGAUGGGGAGAGAAGAUUGA